GGCGGCCUUCGUCGACGUCGAGGGCGGCGGCCACGGACAGCUCGUGGUCUCCGCCGCCGACGAGACCUGGCGAGUCAUCCUAUGCUGGGGAUCACGGGGCCGAAGGAUCGACGUCAACCAGCACGGCAUCCCUCCAUCUCUCGUGGAUCUGCAGGUUCGCGCCGGUGUCACAUCGGAGGAUCCACGCUUCAGAUAGCUCAAUAUCGCAUCCUUCGGCCACCGACUCGUGAAAUACGAUCCCCUGACCGAGUUUGGAGCUACUUGGAAAGAGCGCCUCCCGGGCGCCUGUCGAUCUACUCGCACGCGAUCGACGGAGAUAUUGGGUUCCGUGACGUAGACCCGCUGACCGGUACGUUCAUGGAUUCUCGUGCCGGGGGACGGUCGAAGAAAGAUGUCGAGCGUGCACCGCCGAAUGCCCUGGAUGGGGGAAACUAUUUCGCAAACCUCUACUCGAUAAUGCUCGAGAGGGACGUUGGUUCAAUAGAGUUCUCGUCGUGGCUUUGCUUUCGGGCGAGGAAUGUAUACCGGCCGUUACUGGGCUCCGGGGCCGAGGUUGUCGGUGCCAAGGACCAGACGACGAGCCUCCGUCCUCGAGCGCUUCACGUCGGGGUUUGCGAGGGCCACGUGUGCCGCUUGGUGCUCGAUGGCCCUUGGAAGGAUCGCCUCACCGGCGCUCGCGAGGGGGCGGCGUUUCGCCGUAUUGCCGAGGCGGCCGAGGAGGGGGGGGGAGAGGAGGAAUCGGAUGGUGACACCAGAACCUUUGGUCGAUGCGCGGACAUGACGGAGGCAAUCCUCUCCUCGAGUCAGACGGAGGCGGACCAGCAGACCGCUCGUAAGCGGCGGAGAGGAACCGAUGACAAGGCAGACAGCAAGAAGACCUGGUACGCACCUCCCGGUACGGCGCUGGACGAGCUCAUGCUCCAUCUCCACCUCGGUGUCGUGGCUUGUACGGGCAGACUGACCAGCUACAGCCACUGGGAUUCGUUGUCGUUACCGGCGCACGGCAUCAUCAUUCGAACCUGGUGCGGCGCGAGCAUGGGCGGACUGGAUCCAGAUGUGCUCUAA